AUGCUUUGCUCAAUCUGCCAGUCAAUAGACUUUUAUGCCGCAAACUGUCCCCCCUAUCCCGAGAGUGGAGGGGCAAAGCAUCAACCCACUUCUCAAGCCUUGGCACUAUCAGCAAAAAAUGGCUGCGAGCUGUGUGGUCUCAUCUGGUCCAAGGUACCUGAUAAUAAAAGACCCAGCGGAGUAUUCACACAAGGAGGUACAAUCCUUUGUAAUCUCUGGAACUGGUAUGAUGGACCCGUAGAGGAGUAUAGAGGUAGUGCAACCAUCAUAUUUCGCGACGAGCGGUCUCAAUGGAGCGUCAUUCUUAGUAUAUCUGCUGAAGAAGAUUCUGAGCUUGCUGUUGCGAAUUUAAUUAGUGGAAGAAUAGCGCAACCAUCGGCGAACUCACAAGCUUGCUUUGACUUGUCAGAAAAAUGGGUAAAUAGUUGCUUGAGUACCCAUAACUCGUCGUGUCCUCAUGAUGCUACCGCAAGUCUACCCACUCGGGUUCUGGACGUAGGGACGAAUGGGAGUUCAAAGCAGGUUAGGUUGCUUGAGACCAAAGGCUUGGAGGGAGUCUGGGUAGCUCUAAGUCACUGUUGGGGUCGAACCGCGAGAUAUGUCACCGAAACCAAGACCCUCCAGCAGAGGAUUGAGGCUAUAGCUCUUUCGGAGCUUCCAAAGACAUUCCUGGAUGCUGUUAUCAUCACGCAACGACUUGGAUAUCAAUAUCUCUGGAUCGAUUCGUUGUGCAUUUUACAGGAUUCCAAUCAAGACUGGCUGGUCGAGUCAAGGCAAAUGCAAAACUACUAUUCGAAAUCUGUUCUGACUAUCGCAUCCGAUCUUGCAUCUGGUGACCACGAGAGCUUUUUGGACAAUGGGAGAUCCCCAGUUGUACCGCUAAAGAUACCUUUCACCGCAAAGAAUGGCACCAGUGCAAGCCAUGUCUACAUAUCCAAUCAAGUGAAAACCCAGGGGCCAGAUUCACCUCAAACGCCACUUGGUGUUCGUGGUUGGACGUUACAAGAAGACGUCCUAUCACCUCGGACACUCCACUAUACCUCUGCCGAACUCGCCUUCGAGUGCCAGCGAUCCAGAUUCGCCGAGACAGACGUAACACCGCAAGGAUAUACCGACAGCGACGCGAUGGGAUCCAUCAAACGCUUCUUCCUGAAGCCCGAAUCCGGUUUCCAAGAUCCACUUGUCCUCAAAUAUCCCACUUUCACAAAAUACUAUCAACCAAUCCAGCGAUGGUAUAGACUAUUUGAAGUCUACUGCACGCGGCUUUUGACCUUCGAGUCUGACAGACUUGCCGCAAUUGCAGGCCUAGCAAAGGAAAUCCAGCGCCAGACGACCUUUUCGUACAAAGCCGGGAUUUGGCUGGAGAACAUACACCACGGCUUGCUGUGGGCAGUGAACGGCCGAGGUGAAACGCCAGACAGGUAUAGGGCGCCUUCGUGGAGUUGGGCAGCGCUAGAUAUGAACUUCUACUGGGGAAAUAGUACCAAUCCUGAUUUCCAGCUGUAUAUGCACAGCCUUUGGAUCAGCGACACGAACGCCGGUGGCGUGGCGGAGAUACUGGGCUGUGAUGUCCAGACUGUGAAUGGGGAUCCGUUCGGUGACGUGAUGGCUGGCCAACUGCGACUUCGUGGAUUGGUAAUGCCACUCAACGAAUGGCGGGGAACAACCUCGCCUUGUAUCAAUACUUUCUGGCAUCCUGUAGCAUACCAUCAAUGUCCAGUAUACCGUGAAGGCACAUCCGCACCUGGUGGUUUUAGAAGACCCAUGGCAGCAGAUCAAUUGGUUCUCGACUUUGAUGUAACUCCAGAGGAGGUCGAAGAUUCCGAUACUAACGAGGACGAUGAUUCAGGAGUAGUCUCGGAUGAGGAAAGUAAUGAGGAUGAAGUAGAGGUAGCACUAAGAGGGUUGGCGUAG